GCCAGUUCCCUCCAGCUGCAGAGAGCUUCAGUUUCUUUUUUUUUAAACUAAAAUGGAGGCUGGUUUCUUGCCUUAAGGAGUACAUUGCCUUUCCUGCUGAAGCCUAGAUGUUGACAUGUAAUAAAGCUGGCAGCAGGAUGGUGGUUGAUGCAGCCAAUUCCAAUGGGCCGUUUCAGCCCGUGGCCCUUUUACAUAUUAGAGAUGUUCCUCCUGCUGAGCAAGAAAAGCUUUUUAUUCAAAAGUUGCGACAAUGUUGUGUCCUUUUUGACUUUGUUUCUGAUCCACUGAGUGACCUAAAGUGGAAGGAAGUAAAGCGAGCUGCUUUAAGUGAAAUGGUAGAGUACAUCACACAUAAUCGCAAUGUGAUCACAGAGCCCAUUUACCCUGAAGUAGUGCACAUGUUUGCAGUUAACAUGUUUCGAACAUUACCACCAUCUUCUAAUCCAACGGGGGCAGAAUUUGAUCCAGAGGAAGAUGAACCAACUCUAGAAGCUGCCUGGCCUCACCUACAGCUUGUUUAUGAAUUUUUCUUAAGAUUUUUAGAAUCUCCAGAUUUCCAACCUAAUGUAGCUAAGAAAUAUAUUGAUCAGAAGUUUGUAUUGCAGCUUUUAGAACUCUUUGACAGUGAAGAUCCUCGGGAAAGAGAUUUUCUUAAAACUACUCUUCACAGAAUAUAUGGGAAAUUCUUAGGCCUAAGAGCUUACAUCAGGAAACAAAUUAAUAAUAUAUUUUAUAGGUUUAUUUAUGAAACAGAACAUCAUAAUGGCAUAGCAGAAUUACUGGAAAUAUUGGGAAGUAUAAUUAAUGGAUUUGCCUUACCAUUAAAAGAAGAGCACAAAAUUUUCUUAUUGAAGGUGUUAUUACCUUUGCACAAAGUGAAAUCACUCAGUGUCUACCACCCACAGUUGGCAUACUGUGUAGUUCAAUUUUUAGAAAAGGACAGCACGCUUACUGAACCAGUGGUGAUGGCACUGCUCAAAUACUGGCCAAAGACUCACAGUCCAAAAGAAGUCAUGUUUUUAAAUGAACUAGAGGAAAUUUUAGAUGUCAUUGAACCAUCUGAAUUUGUAAAGGUUAUGGAGCCUCUUUUCAGACAGCUAGCCAAAUGUGUGUCCAGUCCACACUUCCAGGUGGCAGAACGAGCACUAUACUACUGGAAUAAUGAGUACAUUAUGAGUUUAAUCAGUGAUAAUGCAGCAAAGAUUUUGCCCAUCAUGUUCCCAUCAUUGUACCGAAAUUCAAAGACACAUUGGAACAAGACAAUACAUGGCUUGAUAUACAAUGCUCUGAAACUCUUCAUGGAGAUGAACCAAAAACUGUUUGACGACUGCACACAACAAUUUAAAGCAGAAAAACUGAAAGAGAAGCUAAAAUCGAAGGAAAGAGAAGAAGCAUGGGUUAAAAUAGAAAAUCUAGCCAAAUCAAAUCCCCAGUACCCAACAUGUAGUGACACCAGUGUGCUGAACAGUCCUGUUGCAAUGGAAACAGAUGGGCCUUUAAUUGAAGAUUUACAGAUGCUGAAAAAGACAGUGAAAGAGGAGGCGUGUCAGGCACAGAGAGAUCAGAAAAGGGAUCGUCCUCUUAUGCGACGCAAGUCAGAACUGCCUCAGGAUAUUUACACCAUGAAAGCCUUGGAAUCCCAUUGCAGAGCUGAUGAGCUAAUAUCACACGAUGGGCAUUAGACUAUUACAGUGAAAUAUUAUUUUGGAGGAAAACUUUUUUCUGGACUCAGUUCUACAGUAGAGAACUUACUUUUUUGUGCCAUACCAAUCAGUUACACAAAAGUCAAAGCUUUCUUCAACCCAGUUCUGAAGGCAAUAACUUAAUACAGUAUGCAGCUCAAGAUUAGUAGUUCAAACAAUGGUAAAUUACUUGAUUCCAUAUGCAGAACCAUGGGUUGACUAGUAUUAGAUGGCCACGUUUUUCUGGCGGUGUUGUCAUAGUACCAGUUAGUUGGUAAAAUGAAUAGUUUUAUAGUAGUACUUGAGAAUAAUAUUCUGUAAGUUAUUUCCACCAAAACUGAAGUAAUUUGAAUGACUAAUAGUUGGUACUAUGAUAACACUGUUUUCAAAAGCAAAAUUCUUUCGGAUUUAACUAUUACAUGUUUUUCUAAGACUUCUCAACUUUGAAAUUGUUUCCACAUUACUAUUGUCUUGUAAUAUACCAGCAGUUUUGAAAAUAUACAGUUCUUUACUUCCCUAUUAUAAAACACAGCUUACAAAAUGGUAACUUCAUGACAAUCCUCAAUCACGGUUGCUUUCUAAAAGUUCUGUAAAUUGUUUCUUUACUUAGGAUAAAGACAUAUAUAUACCAUGUCCUAGUACUUUACGUGUAUUUAAAGCCAUAUUUUCCAGUCUUUAGUAUGUAAUACAGCACCACUAUUCCAAAAGUCAACUGGUAGAAGAAUUUGUUUCCAAAAAUGAAAAUUUAUCUACCUUGACUGGGAAUAAAUUGAAUAUAAAAAUAUUUAUAUUUUUAUUUUCAUUCCUUGUUUUCAGUUUAGUAAAACACUGUUUCUCCCUUAUCUGAGCUUUUAAUACUCAGCAUUUUUUCUUGGGCUCUAAGAGUUCAAUAUUCUGUGGCAGAUAUCAUGAUGUCAUUUAAGUUGCAUUAGUCUUCUCAGACAGACAAACAUUGUUGCCUUUCAGUGAAACACAACACCGAUAGCUUGUAUUAUAAAGUAAAAACAGGUAAAAGAUGUGAGUUUAAGAGCUGAUAAAUCAACAGUGACCGUAGUUUUACGUGAAUAUAUUUUUUUGUGUUGUAAAGAGCACAUAUAUUACAAAUACACCUCACAAGUAAAAUGAAAAUGCAUCUGAGUUGCUGAUGAUCUUCAAAUGCUGCUAUAUUUUCCACAAGAUUACUUGCAUGUAGUGAGCUUUUUGUUGUAGAUGGAAAAGCACGGGCGGAAAAUCUCUUUCAACAUAUAGUGCUUUGUCUUCAAUAUUUGAUUUCUCUCAGGGUGGCCAGUAUUUUGACUUACUUAUCCUGCUUAAGAGCUGUUUGAGAUGUGUUCUGCUAUUCUAAAUGGGUGACUAGUUUCUUUUGUCUCUGGCAGUGACAUAAUAUAACUUUAAUGUUUAAUGUCUUGAUGCAUAAGAUAAAAAUGUGGCUUCUUUAAAAAUAGUUUGUUUUAUUUUUUCAAAAAAAGAGGUCUCCUGCAUCCAUAAAAAUAUUGUGCAAAGCAGACAUUCAUAAUAACAUUGUGCAGAUGUAGUGCCUGCUGUCUGCUGGUUAUAGUGAAAAUACAAUUUCCAAUCUUUAUUACAUUGUCUAUUGGAAAAAAAGUCAUUUUAGUGGGUGGGAAUUAUUGCUCAAACAAACAAACAAAAUCACCUAAAUUGAAAGACCACCUGAAGCUUCAAGUGGAAAAGUCCACUGUGUGUGAAAACGCUUCCUGUUAAACUUGAAAGAGAACAUGCUUUACCAUUAUGAUAAACUAUACUGAAACCGUUUAAAGAUGCCUUCUCCUUUUGAGGGAAAAAGGGUGCUUUUUUAAUUGUAUAAAGCAAUGUCUAUGUAUUUUGAUAUACCAUUGUUUGAACUUCCAUCUUUAGCUGGUAAAUUAUCAAAUAAUUUGAUUUUGGGUGUUCAAUAUGUUUGUGCAAGAGGUUUCUGGAAAGAAGUACUCUUAUUUACCCUAGGAAAAAAACGUGUAUAUCAGUGUUUGAUUGUGUAACGCUCAACGUAUAAGAACAUCUUUUACUGUCUAGAUUUUAUUUCUGUUCUUUACUGAAGAUAAACAUUCACCAAAAAAGGGGGGAAUACAAUUUUUUUGUAAUUAAAGUUUGUCAGAAAUUCACAUUUGAGGUUUUGGGCCAUAGAACAUUUGCCUAGACAGUAUUCCAAAAAUUAUCAGCACUGAUUGUUUGGCUUGUUUGUUACCACCAUUUAUAUAUUUUGUAUAGUCAUGUACUAAACUACUCAAACUACUACAUCCAAAAUAAAAAGUAAAAAUAAAGUAGAAUUUUGGUGGCUGUUCUUCUUCAUAAAGUUCUUUGACACCUUUCCAUGUUCUCCAAAAUUACAUCUGUACAUCAGGAAUGUCAAAAGUAAUAUUACAAGUGUCUUUUUAGUGUGGCUUUAGUAUGGCUUUAUUUUAAUAUUGUACAUACAUUGUACUUUGUUUUAUGGUAAUAAGUAAUAAAAAUGUAGACUUCAUAUUUUGUACAGAAUGGUCCUAUGUACAGAAUAAAAAGUUCCUAGAAACAGCAAAAAUAGGUAAGUGGCACAAUUAUUUUUCAUUAGACAAUAUCUGUAACUUUGUUUUAGUAAAAUGUUAAGUUCAAAUGUACCUUCAUAUUUUUUAACAUUUUGUAAUUCAGAUUUUGUUCUGACAUUGUUUAUGAAGAACAACCUUCAUACACCUGCCAUUUAUUAUGCUCUUUUAUCUAAUUUUAAAAUUCUAAAAAUGGUGUCUUAUAUGGACUAAAUAAAGAACAUGUGAAUUUUACUUGCUGAUCAUGAAACUAAAUUUAGCACAGAACCUUCUGGUAAAUGUGCAGAUUACCACUGGCUUAAAAAUCAUCCACAACUUUGAGACAAUAGCACAUAAAGAAUAAAAUUGCAGUUCAGUGUUGGUGCCUUUUUGAAAGUUACAAGUAAAUUUAUGGUAAGUCUUAGAAAUAAAUCAGCAUCACGUUAUGGUUAUUCUCUACCAUAAAUAACCUUAAUUUUUAGUGCAGGUAUCAAGUACUGCAUUAAACACACACAAUAAUUUGAAGAAUCCCUCAAACCAUCCUACAAAUACCAAAAAAACCCACCUCUUAUACCACAUUAUCUUCCCUAUAAAAACUUGAAAUACGUAUCUGUUGGAAGGAUUUCCAGCAAAGCAGCAGGAGCAAAAUUAAGGAUUUCCAGUAAGACAGAAAAGAGAGGACAGUAUCAGAUGGUGCAAAUAGAUGCAGCAAAUACAUACUUUUUUUUUUAAUCUAGAUUUUUCUUCCAGUUUACAAAUGAUAGUUCUUGGAUCAUCAGAGGAUCUUCAGUAUUUUAUAAACACUCUCAAUAUCCUGUGUGGUACAGUAACUCCUCACUUAACGUCCUAGUUGUUAUGUUCUUGAAAAAUGUAAUGUUAAGUGCAUCCAAUUUCCCUAUAAGAAUUAAUGUAAAUGGUGGGGGUUAGGUUCCACUGAAAUUUUUUUUGCCAGACAAAGGACAUUAUAUACAUAUACAGUAUAUGUUUUUAAAAUAAUUUUAAACAAUUUAAUACUGUACUCACCAAUGAUUGUGAAGUUUGGUUGAGGCAGGGGCGUAGUGGGGUCUGGGCGCGGGGGCUUUCCCCAUUCCACCAGCCUGGCUGGAACCUGCACCUCCACCCCGUUCCCCGGCAGGAACACCAGGCAGGUGGAACAGGGCAAGGCCCCACGCCCCAACCCUGCUCCCCAGCUGGAAUGCCCAGCGGAGUGGCGUAAGCCCCUGCGCCCCAACACAGUCCCUGGCAGGAGCACCAGGCAGGGGAAGCCAAAUAGCGUUAUAAGGGAACAUUGCAGGACUUUAAAAGAGUAUGUUUACUAAUAUUCGAAAUAUUCGAAAGAAUAGUAAAUAUGGCAGGCGACCAGCUUGGCUUAAUGGUGAAAUCCUAGCGGAUCUUAAACAUAAAAAAGAAGCUUACAAGAAGUGGAAGGUUGGACAUAUGACCAGGGAAGAGUAUAAAAAUAUUGCUCGGGCAUGUAGGAAAGAUAUCAGGAGGGCCAAAUCGCACCUGGAGCUGCAGCUAGCAAGAGAUGUCAAGAGUAACAAGAAGGGUUUCUUCAGGUAUGUUGGCAACAAGAAGAAAGCCAAGGAAAGUGUGGGCCCCUUACUGAAUGAGGGAGGCAACCUAGUGACAGAGGAUGUGGAAAAAGCUAAUGUACUCAAUGCUUUUUUUGCCUCUGUUUUCACUAACAAGGUCAGCUCCCAGACUGCUGCGCUGGGCAUCACAAAAUGGGGAAGAGAUGGCCAGCCCUCUGUGGAGAUAGAGGUGGUUAGGGACUAUUUAGAAAAGCUGGACGUGCACAAGUCCAUGGGGCCGGACGAGUUGCAUCCGAGAGUGCUGAAGGAAUUGGCUGCUGUGAUUGCAGAGCCCUUGGCCAUUAUCUUUGAAAACUCGUGGCGAACGGGGGAAGUCCCGGAUGACUGGAAAAAGGCUAAUGUAGUGCCAAUCUUUAAAAAAGGGAAGAAGGAGGAUCCUGGGAACUACAGGCCAGUCAGCCUCACCUCAGUCCCUGGAAAAAUCAUGGAGCAGGUCCUCAAAGAAUCAAUCCUGAAGCACUUACAUGAGAGGAAAGUGAUCAGGAACAGUCAGCAUGGAUUCACCAAGGGAAGGUCAUGCCUGACUAAUCUAAUCGCCUUUUAUGAUGAGAUUACUGGUUCUGUGGAUGAAGGGAAAGCAGUGGAUGUAUUGUUUCUUGACUUUAGCAAAGCUUUUGACACGGUCUCCCACAGUAUUCUUGUCAGCAAGUUAAGGAAGUAUGGGCUGGAUGAAUGCACUAUAAGGUGGGUAGAAAGCUGGCUAGAUUGUCGGGCUCAACGGGUAGUGAUCAAUGGCUCCAUGUCUAGUUGGCAGCCGGUGUCAAGUGGAGUGCCCCAGGGGUCGGUCCUGGGGCCGGUUUUGUUCAAUAUCUUCAUAAAUGAUCUGGAGGAUGGUGUGGAUUGCACUCUCAGCAAAUUUGCGGAUGAUACUAAACUGGGAGGAGUGGUAGAUACGCUGGAGGGGAGGGAUAGGAUACUGAAGGACCUAGACAAAUUGGAGGUUUGGGCCAAAAGAAAUCUGAUGAGGUUCAAUAAGGAUAAGUGCAGGGUCCUGCACUUAGGAUGGAAGAAUCCAAUGCACCGCUACAGACUAGGGACCGAAUGGCUAGGCAGCAGUUCUGCGGAAAAGGACCUAGGGGUGACAGUGGACGAGAAGCUGGAUAUGAGUCAGCAGUGUGCCCUUGUUGCCAAGAAGGCCAAUGGCAUUUUGGGAUGUAUAAGUAGGGGCAUAGCGAGCAGAUCGAGGGACGUGAUCGUUCCCCUCUAUUCGACACUGGUGAGGCCUCAUCUGGAGUACUGUGUCCAGUUUUGGGCCCCACACUACAAGAAGGAUGUGGAUAAAUUGGAGAGAGUCCAGCAAAGGGCAACAAAAAUGAUUAGGGGUCUAGAGCACAUGACUUAUGAGGAGAGGCUGAGGGAGCUGGGAUUGUUUAGUCUGCAGAAAAGAAGAAUGAGGGGGGAUUUGAUAGCUGCUUUCAACUACCUGAAAGGGGGUUCCAAAGAGGAUGGCUCUAGACUGUUCUCAAUGGUAGCAGAUGACAGAACGAGGAGUAAUGGUCUCAAGUUGCAAUGGGGGAGGUUUAGAUUGGAUAUUAGGAAAAACUUUUUCACUAAGAGGGUGGUGAAACACUGGAAUGCGUUACCUAGGGAGGUGGUAGAAUCUCCUUCCUUAGAGGUUUUUAAGGUCAGGCUUGACAAAGCCCUGGAUGGGAUGAUUUAGCUGGGAAUUGGUCCUGCUUCGAGCAGGGGGUUGGACUAGAUGACCUUCUGGGGUCCCUUCCAACCCUGAUAUUCUAUGAUUCUAUGAUUCUAUAAUAGGUCAGUGACCUAAUAACGAAACAAUGUUAACUGGGAUGAUAAGUAAGGAGUUACUGUACUGUAUACGAUAAACCCAUGGAAAAUUAAAAAACUAGUUAAAAGAAUGCUUUUAUAGUAACAGAUUAACACACUCUCUAGGCAUCCUCCGAUCACAUUUUUACAGUCAUAGUAAACAAAAACUGGAAAUAACCUGAACUUGCAGUUGGAAAUCUAUUUCCAAAAGCAUCAACAUACACAGUGUCCCUGGACCAAGAUGAAAAUAAGACCAAACAUUGCCAAUAUAAAAAAAUGAUUAUUUCAGCCAAGUAUCUGGGGAGGGAGGUAUGCAUUUGCUUUUUACACAAGUCUCCAUUUUUAGUAAGAAUAGGAUGAAUAUCUGAUUUGGAUCUGAGUUGGGUACAUUUAGUAUAUUUGUGAAUUAUUGAAGAUCACUUGGAUAAUGCCUUUAUUUUUCAAGUACAUAGAACAGAAUGACAUUUCUUAAUUAGCUAUCAUAUCACAGCAUCUGGACUCUUGUUACUUUUCACUGCUGAGUCAGGUAGAGGUCUCAAGAGUUGCAAUGUAACUCUAGGGUAAAAAAAGAUUGCUAAAUGUUGUAUAUAUACACAAUACAUUUGCAUACACAAUUAGGUAUUUUUGUGCAUAGGUGGUUAUUUCUAAAGUUAAUGUAUUGUGGUUUGUUUUUUCAUUGUCUGAUAUAUUUGAAAAUAUGCAAGUAUUUUGUAUUGGAGGUAGGAACUUAGUGUUGCAGGGUGAGGUUUUGUUUGAGCUGGGCUCAAAUACUCGAUCGCCCAUAUCUUGCUAUUAAAAAUAAAUUCUGGUUUCUUCACUUA